UAAUGGGUAUUGUUUAGUGACUCCCGUUUCAUCGUGAGGGUAACCUGUUAGUCUCGAUCUCUCACUACAAGCGAGAACUGUGGGUAGAAUACAGUGUAAGCGGUUGGGACUAUGUUCUCACCAACUCCAGCAAAAUGUGUUUUACUGGCUGUGAUGGUUUCUCUGUGCAAGGCCUUCUCCUUUUUACAAGAAAACGGUGCUCACGUGUGUAAAGAGACUUGGUAUGAAAAGGAGAAAUAUCAUAGAUCCUGCAGCUUCUGGAAAUGGGGGCGAUGUACAACCUACAGAAAAGUAUCCAAGCACCGUUUAUUUUGCUGCAGUGGCUAUGACUAUUACUUUGACAGUCUGCAUGAAUGUCGUUAUGCAAUAUGUGACGGUAAGACUAACCCGUUCGGAGCGUGCACCCUGAGGUACACCAAUGACAGGAUUCUGAAGAGGGACGGAAGUGUGCACACCGUCAGCGGGGGCACGUGCUCGUCCCCGGACAGGUGCACGGGCUGUAACGAUGGUUUCUACUCGACCGGACCAUACUGUGAAAUUUGUCCAAAGAUAGACCACUGUAAUCACCGGCGAUGUACAUCUACAUCCGACAAUAUUUGUGAAUUUUGUGAUGGGGAAGUAUUGGCCAAGCCAUUCUGGAGGGCGUACACUCCUGCUCCCAGUAGCAAAAAACUGUGUCAGAAGGCCUGUUCCUGGAGGUCAGACAGUACAAGAUGUUACCCAGGAACCUGCUCCAAUGAGUUAGCUUCUCAGUGCACAUGUACCAAAGGCUUCACCGGUACCCACUGUCAAACUAUGACGGAGAAAGCUAACAUCUUGGAGAAUGAGUGCAAGCUGAAAGACUCAGCCGGGCGAGUUUUGACCAAUCCCUCUGACCCCAAUACUGCCAGCCCUCAACCCACCAUAUGGACCAACAAUGUCAUUUGGCACGAGGCGGACACCAAAUGGGACGCCAAGUACACUCUGACUGAAACCCCUCCCGCCCCCGACCCCAGCGGGGUCAACCACUAUGUGACAGAUUUUAAGUAUGGAAUUGUUCAUGCAACCACAAAACUUGUCCUAGAACGAAAUUCAGCAACUGUUGGUCAGAUCCUAUAUACCUGCCCAGGAGUGUCUGAGAGAUCUCCCCAAACUUCAGGAUUUAUUUGUAGAAAAACUCUGACUUUAUCUGCUUUGCCAGUGCCAUUUCAACACAAUGACAAAAUGACUUUCACAAUCAAAGCUAACAUAGGCGGGUACCUAAAGCUGAUGAACAGAGAGAACAAUAACAAAAUUGAGUACCACUCCCUGACUCAGAGUGUGCACGAGCGCGAGUACCUGUACCACUGGGAUCUUGUGAACCCCUACCACUGUGUGGGCGUGUCUCCAGUCGUCAGCUGUCCACAGUUCCUGACUGUGGUGGACCUGACAGAGAAUCCUGUUAUAGCUAUGACCUGGGAUGGCUGGACUGAUGCUCUCUCCGGACUCCUAAGAUAUGAGUAUGAGGUGUAUGAGCUGGGACAUGAUGGCUCCACACUCGGAGAGAACCAGGGUAAAAUGGUGAAGAGCCCCACGACUAUUGAACUCGGCGCCACCAGUGCCUCUGUCACACUUCCAAACCCAGGAAUGUUUGCCAUUCAUUUUACUGCCUAUGACAAAGCUGGCAAUCACAAAACUUCCCGCAAGGUGAUCCUUUACGAUGAUCAGUCCGUCAUUACCCAGAAACCAAACAAAGUGACCCGUAUUGUCACUGCAUCCUCGGAGACAAGUUAUGUCUGGGUGGUUCAAGACACUGGUACUAUCGUCGUUAGAUGGACGGAUCGGUUUGUGAAUGUUCGCCAUGAGAACAAUCGUUGGCUGAACAAGGUGAAUUCUCACAUUGCAGUAGAAGACAAAUAUGAUGACCAUUAUGGAGAGAGAAAGAUUUCUGAAAUCAACAAUGUACAUGCUAUCGUGGACUUUAAGGUAGCAUACAUAGUUUACGACAGUAAUGGUGCCCAGGAUUCGCAGGCCUUGAAGUCCGUGUCAGACAUUCACGAUCAGGCUCAGACCCUGUCAGUUAUCUGGGUCGAUGGCAACAAGUUGGUUGCUACAGUCAAAGCCAUUGAUGUCCUGGGUAAGACCCUGGAGGAGGAGGUCACAGUCUACCGUGAUGCCACGCCCCCAGUGAUUGAGGACUUGUGGUUGACUCGUGGCGACAGGCUGAAUGUCAGUGUUCACAGGCUGGAGGACUUUGCAGAAAUGACUGUGGAGUGGAUUGUGUAUGACUACCACAGUGGUCUUGAUCGUAUAUCAUGGAGACUAUACGACAACUACACUGGUACAGAACUACUGCAUGGUCAUGAAGAUAUUCCCGCUCAAGGAGAGGCUGCAAAUGAAGCAGAGUGCCAGUCCAAAUAUGGAAGUUAUGCCAGGGGAGCUAACUGCUAUGUGACUCCAUUCUGGGGAGCCUACCACAAGCAUUUCCGGGUGAAGCCAGCUAUAAAGGUACAGGGGGGCCUGAAGGUGGGCAUGGACAAAGGUGUGCACGACUCGGACUACUACCUGGAGGUGUCCGCCACCAGUAAAGCAGAACUGACCACCAUCUUGUCAAAGAAGAUAACAAUAGACACGUCCCCGCCCCAACCCGGCAUGGUGAAGGACGGGGUGAGGGGAACAGAGGAGGUAGACUUCCAGCAGAGUAAGACCCUCACUGCCCACUGGGAUGGCUUCUUCGAUCGGGAGAGUGGGGUGCUCUUCUACCAGUACGGAUUCAACACCAGCCCCAUUCCUGCUUCAGCGUUUGCAUUAGACACUGGGAACUCUAUGCUACAUGAAACUUACUCGGUGCAUGCGACCCACACAGUGGUGUCUGAGGGAACCUACUACAUCUGUGUGGUGGCCUAUAACCAUGCCCUGGAGCCGUCGGAACCUGUCUGUUCGGACGGUGUGACGGUCACCACUGCUGUGCCCUCAGUACAAGAAGUGGACAUAGAGGGAGCCACUGCAAUAGGGGGAUUAGUGACCGAUGAAAAUAAGUCCAACGUUUGGAUUGUUACAAAAAACAGAUACAGGAGGCUGAUUAGAAAUGUAACAGCGGACUGUCUAACCAAAGCUACAGUGAUUAACACCACAGAUUUGUUACCAGCGGAGCACAAAGCAGACGGUUCCUUUGUGGAAGUUAAUGGCAGUGUGUUCUGUCCUAAUUCUACAGGAGCCCCCUCCUCUCUUAGUCCCGUCCUCUCAAAGUCCUCAAUGGUUUUUAUAAGUUGGGAAGCUGUGGACAACCCAGGCAGUGUACAUGACUAUGAGGUUGGGUUUUCCUCCACCCCGGGCAGCCCCGCCCCUGACAUCAUGGCCUUCAGAAGCACCAAACAACACCCCCACCUACACAUUCUCCACACAGAUAUACCAGACGGAACAGAGUUCUACAUCAUCAUCAAAACCAUCAGCAAAGCUAAUGUGGAGGGCAUACAGUCGAUUGGACCCUGUUUUAUGGAUACCACACCCCCAGACUUCUCGGGCUCUAUAUCUGUGACUCACUCCAACGGAACAAUCAUAGCCCGCUGGAAUUCAGGGGCCUUUACUGAUCCUCAGGAGCCAUAUCAACUACAGCUAGAGUUUGCCAUUGGACAUUCCCCGAGGGGUACCGAGGUCCAGUCAUAUAUUCCCCUGCGUAGUGGUGAAUCCUGUGUGGUGGGAACUCCCCCGACCUGUACAGCGAUGGGAGUGUCCGACACUGAGUGGAGGCUUCACGGACACCACACCUACUAUGUGACUGUCAAAGCAGAGAACUCGGCGGGACUGACCAGUUACGCUGUGUCCGAUCCCUACAUACACGACGUACAGACGGCAGCUCGGGGCAUUGUCAUAGAUAUACCUACAUCCUCAAACAUGGACCAGCUUCCUUUGACGGAUAUUGAGGACAUCGACUUCACUCAGAGGAAGACCAGCCUUUCAGCGCGGUGGGGAGGGUUUGAUCACCCCCACCUGGAUGUGACCUACAUAUUCCAGGCUGGGUCCACCCAAGGAGCAAGCGAUAUUGUGUCCCCCAAGAAUAUGGGCAAGGCCCUAGUCCACUCAGAAACAGGGCUUAGUCUGGUCUCAUUUCAGACGUAUUAUAUAACUAUAACGGCGGUGACCUUGGCAGGAAAUGUGGAAGUGACGACGGACGGAGUGACUGUCGUUCAGGAGAAUGCAGUUCUGUCCGGAAUCGUCAUCAAUGACGGUCAAAACUGCACCAUGACAGUGGACAAUGGAACACUUUUUAAACAUCAUUUUGAGGACAACAGAAUGCAGUGUGCCUUUGACGUAGAUUUCCAGUCCUCCACUAACAGUCUGCGGGCCUAUUGGGAGGUCCCCCUCCCCAUCGCUCAUUACACUCCAGACGUCCACUUCUCUAUAGAAGAAAGGUCUCCCUUUGGAAAUGUUUGGGCGACAUUCCGAGAAUAUGAACAUGUACACAAGCACUAUCAAGCAUACGUUACGGAUCUGACUCUGAAUCCCGGGAGAAUGUAUCGGUUUGCCGUCAAGUUCUGUGCCAUUACUACCUGCUACGCUCCUCUGUACAGUGAUGGAGUGUUGAUCCUUGCUCAUCCUCCCACCAAAGGGCAGAUAACUGUAGAACACCGAAACUCAAGCCAGAGCAACAGUCUCAAGGAAACGAUAUCCGUGACUAUGGAUGAGUUUUCAGAUCCAGAUAUACAAGAUUCGACGGAGAAGUACAGUGUUGUUGAUAAGUACGAAUGGGCUAUCACGGACCAGUCCGAUGUCGGCAGGACCCACACCAUCUGGAACAAAGUCCUCAACCCACAGAUCUCUCAAAACAAAAUGCAGUUUGAUGUGGAACUGACUGGGGAGUUUGACUUCUCUAAAUGUCGUCGAUUCACUGUCCGGGGUUACAACAAGGCCAAACUGUUCUCUGUCGUAUCCACAGACAUCAAAGACUGUACAGCCUUUGAUCCCAUCCUGAUCAAACCUAAUCUAGUUAUUGAUGCAGUCGGACAGCCUGAGGAAUCAAAAGAUGGGUAUGGGAAACCGGUGUUUCUACGGGAGAAUGAGCUCUGGCCAGAGGCAGACAAGGAUUACACCCCAAAUAUGAACUACAUAUCGGCAGUGUGGCCUCAGCUUCGCUACAGCUCCUACGUGGUGGCGGUCCUUAAUGCGCGGUCACUAGAUGUCACCACCUACUAUCUACCCACCACCAAUUUCUCCCUGCCUGACCCAUGUAGCCACCCCGACGCCAUUAAGUGUGGUUCUACAACGAGUGAAUUCAUCAACAUCAAGUUUGACCCGGGUGAGCUGGUUCACGGUGAGCGGUACAUGGUCUGUAUACACACAGUGUACACUGAGAUAAAACACGAGAUGUGGACCCAGGUCCUCCCGGAACUCAACAUCUGCAGUGAUGGUAUUAUGGUGGAUCUAACACCCCCCAACCCCGGGCAGGUGUGGAUAGGAAAUGUGCAGGGAACCAAGUUCCAGACUUCAACAACUGAUAUGUCCAUCAACUGGGAAACUUUUCAAGAUAUUGAGGAAUUUCAAACCAACUCUCACUCUUCAGGAAUCCAGGACUAUAUUUUAGGCAUUGGGACAUCUGUUGGAGGAAAUGACAUGGUGGCUUUUUUUAGUGUGGGAGUGGUCAAUCACAUCACUCUACAUGAUCUCAAGUUACAAAGCGGACAUAUUUACUACGCAACCAUCAAAGCUGUGGAUUUUGCUGGACAGACGACGGUAAAAGUCUCAGAUCCUGUUAUCGUGGAUACAAGUCCACCAGUAAAAACUGAUCUGUCCGUCACCAUCACUGGACGCCAUAUUGUCUCUAGUGCUGAAAUAGAAGCUUGCUGGAAGGGGGUGUUUUACGACCCAGAGAGUGAAAUUGAUCACUUUAUGUGGGCAAUCGGAUCACAGCCUGGUUACGAUGAUAUAAUGGCGUUCACACGAGAGGAGUCAGACUGUGGGGAGAACAGCAGGAACAACCCACUGAGCCUGAUGGAGGGCCAUGCUUACUAUAUAUCUGUCAAGGCUAUCAACAAAGCUGGUUUGAUGUCCCUAGCCACUUCCUGGGCCUACAAUGUGGAUACCUCACCACCCAUUGCCGGACACGUCUAUGAUGGUCUCCCCUUGUCAGGCAACCAAUCAGACAUCGACUUCCAAACAGACAUGUCUGCGCUGAAUGUUUACUGGGAAGGCUUCUUUGACCCCCACUCUGCCAUCAAGGAGUACUAUGUUAGUGUGGGAAACUGCCCAGGGUGUGAUAAUGUGAUCAGCACCCAGGCCUUAGGGAUGGUGAACUCCCUCAGAAUAGACCACAUCCACUUUGGAGCUGGACUGAAGUAUUUCACCACUCUGAGGGCCUGUAACACUGCAGACCUCUGUACCACUAUAGCCACUGACGGGGUGGUCAUGGACAAUAGUCCCCCCACUAUGGGGGUGGUGACAGAUGGGACAGGGGCCCAGGACAUAGAGUACCAAUCCUUAAGGCAUUUUAUUGGUGCCAAAUGGUACGGUUUUGUUGACCCACAAUCAGGCCUGGACCAUUAUGUUUGGUGGGCAGGGAUGACCAAAGGGGGGAGCGAGGUCCUAGCACCCCGGGAAGUCCAUCUGACUGAGGUUGCCACCGCUGUCAACUUCACAUCAGAACUACCACUAAAUAAGAGAAUAUACAUCACUGUUAGGGCGUACAAUAAAGCAGGCCUGUUCACUGACUCUACAUCCAGUGGCUUUAUUGUGGACAUCACAGCACCAGAGAUCACAGAGGGACCAAAGUUUUCACCGGACUUUGGAAUUCUGGGUAAUGCCCAGUUUUACAGGACUGUGAUGAAAGUGGAAUGGAAAGUGAAGGACACAGAGUCCUCUAUCCAGAGACAGUACCUGUCCCUCAAAUCUCACCGGGGAGGAGAGUUUGACCUGGCGUCCACAAAGGUGAAUGGUAUUGUAAGGGACUUCAUACUGAGCGAGCUGAAACUGCAUGAUGGUGGAACUUACUAUGUGACUCUCAUUUCCUGUAAUGGAGCCCAGAUCUGUUCAUCCGCGACGUCACCAGGAAUCUUAGUGGAUAGCACUCCCCCUAACAGAGGGAUGUUUGCAAUCCACACGGAUCACGCAGCAGAGCUCCCGCGACAUGUGUCUGGCUGGAUGACUUGGAGCAGCUACGUCAUCCGUCUAGCCUGGCUUGGAUUUGCUGACAGUCACUCGGAUAUUACACACUAUUUUGUCAAUGUUGGGACCACAUAUUUGGGGGCUGAUCUCAAUAAAAAAUCAGGCAUUGCUCUUAGAGUUGAUCACUCAACAUCUGGGGAGGAUAGAUACGAUGAGGGCAAGGUCCAGACAUACGAGAUUGAGACAUCCAAACUGGACCCGUCUAUGACCUACAUCUACAUCAGUAUGUGGGCGGUCAACAAGGCAGGCCUUUCAAGUGCCAUCAUCCACUCCAAGUUUGAGAAGGUACCUGGUGGUGCCCUUUCCUUGGUUAGGCGGUGCCAAGCGGAGACCUGUGAGGGUCAUUGUGUUUGUGCCCCGCAGGAUAAACUCUGUCCCUCCCCUGCCGCAAACUGUUCAGAUAUCUCUGUAGGAAACACCAACAAUCUUCUACAAGUCCGAGACACACAGUAUGGUACCACCGACAUCAACUUCACCCCGUCCAAUGUGGUGCUACAGGGGUACUGGACCAUUGUACACACACAAGGGAAUCCCCCAAUGUGGUAUCAGUGGAGUGUGGGUUACCUGAGUGGAGCCACCCCUCUGGGUGUGUUUAAUGGGGUGACAGAGAGGGUGUGGCAUGAUGCGGGACAGAGGACAGACAUUGUGUUCACCACCAAGCCAGGAGUAUUUCUGCAAAAUGAUGUUGAAUACGCUAUCUUUAUUCGUGUUUGGUACGAUGAGAAUACCCAUGCAAUAUUUAAAUCCGAUGGCGUAAGAAUUAACACAAUGAAACCAGCUACAACAAAGAUUAGAGGAAGCGCAGUUAGAGAGAGAAUGAUGGGGAGUUGGAUAAAGGACCAGGAUUACCUGAAGCGGGGCUUCCCUUUUACUGUGGAGUGGACCAACAAAUAUCUAGAAGCUGAAAAAUUUAUCAAGUCUUUCCACGUGUAUCUGAGCACUGCUCCUGGAGGACAUGAUGUAUGGGACAGCACACUUGAUCAGCCUGGUUCUGCAACCUCCUUUGACAUCACCAGGGCAACACUGGUCGAAGGAGUGACCUUCUACAGCAACAUUGUUGCCUACGGAUAUUCUGGUCUUCACCACACAGAGACAUCCGACGGAUUUAAAAUGGAUGCCUCCACUCCUAGCACUGGGAUGGUGUAUGACGGAACAGAGAUUGAAGAUCUGGAGUUUCAGAACUCUUCAAUACAAAUGAGUGCCCACUGGCAUGGCUUCUCUGAUGUUGGUUCAGGAGUAAAGCAGUACUACUGGUGUGUAGGAAAUACCAACAGCGUUGACAGUAAACAGGAACUGACAGAGUGCUCUGUGCGACCUUGGGAAGCUGUUGGCCUCCAUAUCUCUGUAUCUGGUAACCUCUCCGAAGCUUUAACUGAUGGGAGAAUCUACUACAACAAAGUGUAUGCCCUAGAUAACGUUGGCUACAAGUCUCCUGUGAUGGUUUCUGACGGGGUGGCCAUAGACACCAGUCCCCCCCAGCCCCAGUACCUCUUCCACAACAGCUCAAACCUUCUACUUAAUCCAUCUUUUGAGACAUCCCCCAAUGAAGUGAUGAUGGAUGCUGUCAACACCACCGACAUCUGUAAUGAGACGAUGAAUCACCACCCUGUGAACUGGACUCUGUCCUCAUCCGGCUGUGCAGCGGUUGUGACCUCCAUCAAUAACCUUGCUAGGGACGGGAGGUCCUUUCUGUUUGUCCGGGGAAGUGUGACGCAGACCCUGGCUAAUUUGGUAGAGGGGGGUCUGUACAGACUAGUAUUCUUCACAAGCCAUUUAUUGAUAAGCAGUUCCACCCAGUCCAACAAGGAAGGAUUUGCCAAGUUCGGGAACAAGAGUCAUGUUUUCUUCAUAUAUACCAAAGCUUAUAGAGGUGAUGGACAUGGAAAAUCAGAAUCACGGGAGAUCAUAUCUUGGCACAAACAUACGUUUUAUUUCAUCGCACAGGGUACAACCACCGAACUGACCCUUGGGAGUGUGGAUGAGAAGACAGGAAUAUUUUUGGAUCAUGUGACUUUUGAACACGUUCAGCGGGAUGUUAAUGGGAGCAGUGAAUUAUACGUACAGGCUCAUGUGGUGUACCUGCACGAGUGGGGCUCCAUUCACGGAUCAUGGAGCUUUGUAGAGGAUGUCAGUCCUAUCACAGAAUACUUCUGGGCAAUAGGCUACACACAGGGAGGGACACAGCUGCAGGGCUUUGAGAGUGUGGGUCUCAGCAACUUUGCCUUCAACUCCAAGGUGACCUUGGUACACAACUCCUUCAUCUAUGUCACCGCCCUGGCCACCAAUGCUGCGGGGUUACAGGGGAUAGCCUACUCCAGCAAGAUCCUGGUGGACCUGACUCCGCCCCAUUUUGUGGGAGUGUAUGAUGGGAGACUUAGGCAGGAAGACCAGAACGCAUGGACAGACAGUGAAGUGGCUGUGAACUGGGUGGUCAGCGACCCUGAAUCUGGGCUGGCACGCUGUGAAUGGGCCUUAGGCACUCAACCAAAUCAAGUGGAUAUACAGGCCUUUGAUAAUGUUCCAGUCUCGGAUUACUUGGCCUUCAGAGACUUUGAUUACAGUGUCCUGCAGGGUAAGACCAUCUACUCCACACUCCGCUGCGAAAACAAUGCCGGACUCCUGAGCUCCAUGUCCUCCAAUGGAGUGAAGAUCUCCCAUGAUGCCCCAGUGGUGACUAAUGCAGUUGUAGAGUCCAUGCCCCUAUCAGUGACCGAGUACAAGGCCCAGACUAACUACCAGAGUGUGACUGACCGUAUCCGACUCAAGUGGACAGGAUUCAGCGAUCACAUCGGCAUCCAACAGUACAAGGUUUUGAUGCAAGGCAGCAGCUUUGAUCUGACGGAGAAGAUGUCAUUCCCCGAUAGUCAGGAUUUCCUGUUUACAAGUGUGAACAAUUUAACCUUGACCUUGGGUUCAAUCAAUGUCAGCACACAGGCUAUCAAUGACCUUCUUUUGGUCAGUGACAAGGUCAGAUCAGACAUCACAGUGUUCACCGAGAAACCUGUCAAGCAUGCUACCCAGAAGAUGACAAUCACUUGGAGUGCAGACAAGAAAGAGUUCACAGUAUCGUGGGACGGGAUGUUCAGCUCCCCUCACCCCUUGUUCUUUGAGGUGUCUGCGGGUAAGGUACAGGGUGGGGCAGAGAUCAUACAAUGGCAGGAGACCACACAGACCAGCAUUACCUUUGGCCUGCCACCCGCUAUCACCAGCUGGUCAGGGCUGAAGGUGUACAUCAUGGUACGGGCGAUAGCAGCUGGGGGGCUGUAUGAAGAUGCGGUUGGAGUCGUCACAUUACCUUUGUAGCUAUAAAGUUUCAUCAGAAAAACUUUUUAAAAAAAGUUGUGAAAAAAAUUGCACCAAGUUAUCCUCAACUAGUUUACUUCUACUUGAUUAAGCAGUGGAUCCAGAAGAAGAUGGAAUAAAAGUUAGGGGGGAGGGGGGUAAGAUUCCUGCCCUCUUGAAUUUUUCAAGUAUCAGACACACUCUAUCCUUUUCACCCUAAUAAAAGACUCAUUCGGUUUAAAUUAUUUUAUUUUAUAUAUGACCUGGGCACAUCCCAGUCAUAAAGAUUAUCUGAAUCCACUUAAAAUUUUUCUUCAUAUCUCAUCGUUAGACGAUAGUGUUGGUUAUGAGUUUUGGAAGAUACUGUACAUUUCUAAGAAAGAAAUUCGACUGCGGGGAAAAAUUACAAAUUUUAAUGUGCCUGACUACUAAGCAAUGUUGAUGAGCAAUAUAUUAAUAAUCACAUAUUUUUUGUUGUUUGUUAAAGUGAUAUUUGAUCUUGUAUUAUACAUGUACCUAACUCCGUCCUCAGACAAUGUGUUUUUAUUCAUUAUCUGUUUAAUUGUUCUUGUUACUUUUUGCCUGUGAUGUAUACUUUUUAAAAUAAAAUCUUUAAAAAUGCAUGGUGUGCAAUAUAUUCAUCAUCAAAUAUACAUGUUAUUUCAUCUCAAAUAAACACAAGCCGGUCUGUC